AGUGGCUAAAGACUGUUUUCAAGCCUCAAACACGAGAGAGGCAACAGAAACCAUGUCCAUUCUCACGCUCCCCUUAGUCAUUUCCUUUCUAAAACCCCAAACUGGCUGUUUAUCCCUCUUCCGCCUCUACGCCGGCAGGUCAAAUCCUAGCCGUCUCGGCCUCAAUCGCCGGCAUCUCACUAAAACCACCGUCUCUGCAAUAAGCACAUCUGCAGUGCAGCAACACUCUUCCGCUGGCCCCAAUAGCGAGCCUCAUAAAGCUUCCGUCCCUACCUUUCAACAAGCCAUUCAGCGACUCCAGGAAUAUUGGGCUUCGGUGGGAUGUGCAGUAAUGCAAUGCAGCAACACAGAGGUUGGAGCUGGAACUAUGAAUCCUCUGACCUUCUUAAGAGUUCUUGGUCCUGAACCAUGGAAUGUAGCGUAUGCUGAGCCUAGUAUCCGUCCAGAUGAUAGCCGUUAUGGAGAAAACCCAAACCGGCUUCAGCGCCACACUCAAUUUCAGGUUAUACUUAAACCUGAUCCUGGAAAUUCUCAAGACCUCUUUAUACGUAGCCUAUCAGCUUUAGGCAUCGAUGUCAGUGAACAUGACAUACGAUUUGUGGAGGACAAUUGGGAGAGCCCAGUACUUGGUGCAUGGGGUUUGGGCUGGGAAAUUUGGAUGGAUGGGAUGGAGAUCACUCAGUUCACCUACUUUCAGCAGGCUGGAAGUCUUCAGUUGUCACCGAUAUCUGUUGAAAUCACUUAUGGCCUUGAGAGGAUACUUAUGUUGCUUCAGGGAGUUGAUCAUUUUAAGAAAAUUCAGUAUGCUGAUGGGAUUACAUAUGGAGAAUUGUUCCUAGAAAAUGAGAAGGAAAUGAGUGCAUAUUAUUUAGAACAUGCCAGCGUUCAACACGUUCAAAAGCACUUUGAUUUUUUUGAGGAAGAAGCUCGUACCUUGCUUGCUUCAGGCCUUGCAAUUCCUGCGUAUGAUCAGCUUCUGAAGACAUCUCAUGCUUUCAAUAUCUUGGAUUCUAGAGGUUUUAUUGGUGUAACUGAACGUGCUCGUUAUUUUGGUCGAAUGCGUAGUUUAGCUCGGCAAUGUGCCCAACUUUGGUUAAAGACCAGGGAGUCCCUUGGACAUCCACUAGGUACUGUUUCUGAAACAGUUCAUCUUGCAUCUGCCGAGGAAGUUUUGGAUGCUGCAGUCAAAAAGCAGGUGCAUGACGGCCCAAGGUCAUUUGUUUUAGAAAUUGGGACUGAAGAGAUGCCUCCUCAAGAUGUAGUUCAUGCAAGCCAGCAACUGAAAGAUUUAGUGGUGCAAUUACUAGAAAAACAGAGACUGAGACAUGGUGAAGUUCAGGCUUUUGGCACUCCCCGUCGACUAGUGGUUUGUGUUGAGAGUCUUUCCGCUAAGCAACCAGAGAUUGAAGUUGAAGUUCGAGGACCCCCUGUUUCAAAGGCCUUUGAUGAGCAAGGAAAUCCUACAAAGGCUGCUGAGGGUUUUUGUCGUAGAUACAAUAUACCCCUGGACUCGUUAUUUAGAAAGGCUGAUGGGAAAACAGAAUAUAUUUAUGCCCGUGUGACAGAGGCUGCUCGACUUGCUUUGGAGAUUCUAUCUAAAGAUUUGCCAGUUGCCAUCAGUAGAAUAUCAUUUCCAAAGACAAUGCGAUGGAACUCUCAGGUCAUGUUCAGUAGGCCAAUUCGAUGGAUUAUGGCCUUGCAUGGAGAUUUGGUUGUUCCAUUUAUUUAUGCUGGAGUAUUAAGUGGCAACAUAUCUUAUGGCCUGCGAAAUACUCCUUCAGCUACUGUUGAGGUUGAAAAUGCAGAAUCAUAUGCUAGUAUAAUGAGGAAUGCUGGAAUUCAUAUUGAAAUUGAGGAAAGAAAAAGAAGUAUCUUGGAGCACUCCAAUGCAUUAGCAAAAAGUGUCAAUGGCCACAUCAUUAUUCAGGAAAACUUACUUAAUGAGGUUGUAAAUCUUGUCGAGGCACCUUUUCCAGUUCUUGGGAAGUUCAAAGAGUCCUUCUUAGAACUUCCAAAAGAUCUUCUAACAAUGGUCAUGCAGAAGCAUCAGAAGUAUUUUGCCGUAACUGAUGAAACUGGAAAGCUUCUUCCAUAUUUCAUUGCUGUGGCAAAUGGAGCAAUCAAUGAGAUGGUAGUAAGGAAAGGGAAUGAAGCUGUGCUCAGAGCUCGUUAUGAAGAUGCAAAAUUUUUCUAUGAGAUGGAUACCAGAAAGAAGUUUUCAGAGUUCCGGAGUCAAUUAAAAGGGAUUCUUUUUCAUGAAAAACUUGGAACAAUGCUUGACAAGAUGACGCGCAUUGAAAACAUGGUCACCAAACUAAGUGCAUUGUUGGGGAUCAGGGAAGAUUUGCUUCAGACUGUCCAGGAUGCUGCAUCUCUGGCUAUGUCAGAUCUUGCUACAGCUGUUGUGACAGAAUUCACUUCACUCUCUGGAAUAAUGGCACGCCAUUAUGCUCUUAGAGAUGGUUACUCGGAGCAGGUUGCAGAGGCUUUGUUAGACAUCACACUCCCUAGAUUUUCUGGAGAUGUACUUCCAAAAACUGAUGUUGGUAUCCUUUUGGCAGUUGCUGACAGAUUAGACAGCCUUAUUGGUUUAUUUGCUGCUGGUUGUCAGCCUAGUUCCACUAAUGAUCCGUUUGGCUUGCGAAGAAUUUCUUAUGGCCUAGUCCAAAUACUGGUGGAGAAAGAGAGAAAUUUGGAUUUGGCGCAUGCUUUAAGACUUGCAGCAGAUGUUCAACCUAUUAAAGUUGAUGCCCACCUGAUAGAUGAUGCGUAUCAAUUUGUUACUCGAAGACUAGAGCAAUAUCUGGUUGAUAAGGAAAUCAGUCCAGAAAUUGUCCGUUCUGUCCUUGCGGAACGUGCAACUUUGCCUUGUCUGGCUGCCAGGACUGCAUAUAAAAUGGAGACCUUGUCAAGGGGCAAUCUUUUCCCAGAAGUAAUUGAAGCAUAUUCUCGUCCUACAAGAAUUGUCCGUGGAAAGGAUGUGGUCUCCGAUAUUGAGGUGGAUGAGGCUGCAUUUGAGACGGCGGAAGAGAGAGCCUUAUGGAGCAUUUUCUUGUCCACAAAAAGCAAAAUUUUUCCUGACAUCGAGGUGGAUGAGUUUGUGGAAGUCUCUUCAGAGCUACUACAACCACUCGAGGAUUUCUUCAAUAAUGUCUUUGUCAUGGUGGAAGAUGAAAGGAUCAGGAAGAACAGGCUUGCUUUGCUGAAGAAAAUUGCAGAUCUGCCUCGAGGAAUAGCAGACCUGUCAGUUUUGCCAGGGUUUUAGAUUUUGCCAACCAUCUAUCUAGUAAAGCAAACUAUUAGGAGAAAAGGAAAGGUGAGAGAUAAAUGAAGGUGAGAAAUGAAUAAACAAUUUGGGAAAUUUACAGUAUUAUUUUAUUUAUUUGUAAAUGAAGCCUGAAGCUACAGUAAGGGUUGUAAAAAUUUUGUAACAUUGAUUUAUUGAUGAUUUAUAUCCAAUCAUACUUUAGAAUUGA